AUGGAUAGAUUCCAACGGGAGAGGAUGAUGUUACCACGGGUACCUGACAACUGGGCAGCCAUGGCAUUCGCAAGCACUCUAAACGAGAAAAGUUCGGAAUCCAUGAGGAGACUGAAGGAAAGUUUUCGAGAAUUUCCAGCAACAACUUGGAAUGACGUGUAUAACAGAUACAACACGAAGCUGCGGACAGAAGAAGAUACGGUUGCACAACCAAGGGUUGAUAAAAGAGCAAAAUCGAGACAAUCAGAAUCAGAAAAAAGGACCAGAAAAACAGGUUCUUCAUCUAGAUUCAGAAAGGAACGGGAUGCACGAGGCAUCGACUCUAAUACACAUGCGAGGGUUGGAGAUUACAGUUUUAAUGUCAGUACCUCCGAGUUGGUAGCUAUUUUAAGAGGUGUGGGAGAUAAGGGAGAAGGCGAGCAUUUGUUGAAGCAAGGUUAUCUAACUGACAUGUUCAACGAGAAAGGUAGACAAUCAUAUAUGAAAAACAAACAAGAACCCCCAAAACCUCCAUCUCUAAAAAGACCAGUUAAUGUAAUAACCAAGGGAGACGAGGUCAAUGGUGUGACAUAUACAGCUGCAAAAAAGACAUCAAAAGUCACAGUCACUCAUAGGAAGCGAGUUCGCCAAGUCUUGGAUGGAGACAGUAUAACAUUUGAUGAUGAAGAUGUGGACGGCUUGAUGAUUCCUCACAAUGAUGCACUAGUAACAUCUCUACUUGUACACGAUACUAACGUAAAACGAGUUUUGAUUGACCCAGGUAGUUCUAUGAAUAUCAUUUUACUAAGGGCGAUGAAUGAAAUUCAAGCUAACGACAAGGUGAUACCAAAGGCAUGGUCUUUGUCUGGAUUGUAUAAUUCAAGCGCUAUCACAAAAGGGAAACUAGUGCUUGCUACGUUUGCAAAAGGGGUUAUCAAGGACACAAAGUUCCAUGUGAUAGAUGCAGACAUGGCUUAUUAUAUAAUUCUGGGAGGACUAUAG